AUGCCCCAAGGCCGCAGCAAGCUCCUGCUCCGGGGCGAAGCCGAUGCGCUCGAAAACAUGCCCCCAAGCGCCGUUUGCCCAUGGCUCCAGCGCAGCCUAUCGCACUCCGAACACACGACGAAAACGGGCAGGGCUCAUGUGCGAGCGUGGAUGGCUGGGGAAAGCUUAUACUGCCCCCACCGACGGCUGCAGGCCUCUGCCCCGCCGAAGCACUCUGGCUCGGGAAACGGGCCUAUCAGCUUGGAUCAGGACCUCCGAGGCUUUGCAGGCAAGUUCGUCGGAGCGCUGUGCGCACCGGCUGCUCUGCCCCAUCCACACAUCCACAGGAAAACCCUCAAUCCUGCCCAGCCGCCAUCGCGCGCCUCCGGGACAGUGGUCGGUGCUCAUGAGCGGUCCGUAUUGCCCGGGCCCUUUCCGCGGUGUAUUAUCCCCAGAGAGACGGAGCUGUCCCUCGGAUGGGGCCCCGGCGGACUCGUCGAACGGGCGCAACAGGCCGCAGCCGACCCGGACACUCCGGCUGCCGAUGGAGACGUGAGGACGAUCUCCCGGCUCAGGGCUGCGCGCACUGGCCCGUUCGGAGGCCCACUCCCUAUCUUCACCAGCUGGUAA